AGGGGACCCUGGGAAAACCAGCACAGUUGAUGUGCAGACUCCGAGCGAGCACCAUGGCUGAGUUCACCGGAGGAGAUGAUUACCAGGCAGAGUUUGAUCCAAAGGCCUAUCUCGGAUAUUUUAAAUUUGGAGAAGACACCUUGGGAGAGGAAUAUCUUAACUUUGCCCUGAAACAUUAUUGUAAAACCUUCACUUCAGGUGUGGUGAAAGGGGACACCCUGAUUGAUAUUGGCAGUGGCCCCACCAUCCACCAGCUACUCUCUGCCUGCGAGUCCUUUAAGGAGAUCAUCGCUUCAGACUAUACAGACCGGAACCACUGGGAACUGGAGAAAUGGCUGAAGAAUGAGCCAGAAGCGUUUGACUGGACUCCAGUGGUGAAAUACGUGUGUGAGCUAGAGGGAAACAGGGGAAAGGAGGCUGAGAAAGAGGCAAAACUAAGGAAAACCAUCAAACAGGUUCUAAAAUGUGAUGUCCACAAAAGCAACCCCUUGGAUCCAAUUGUCCUGCCUCCAGCUGACUGCCUCAUCUCAUCACUGUGCUUGGAAGCUGCUUGCAAAGAUCUGACCACUUAUCGCCUUGCUCUGAAGAACAUCAGCUCCCUGUUAAAGCCAGGAGGGCACUUGGUGCUGAGUGGAGUUUUGAGCUGCAGUUUCUACAUGGUUGGCCCCAAAAGGUUCUCGUGUUUGGUCCUGAAAGAGGAAUUUCUGAGAGAAGCCCUCAGUGAAACUGGCUUCAUCAUUCAGGAGUUUGAGGUUCUCGUCAGGGAUGAUAAUAUCGAUGACAGCUGUGAUUUCUCUGGGAAGUUCUUCAUUCUCGCUCGCAAAGAGGAAGCAAUAUAAAUCCUUCGCGGAGUACGGGUAAAGGAAACCCUCCCCAAAGGAAGGGAGAUAAUAUUACUAAUAAACAUACCAAUGAAAUGAAUGCAGUAUUUUCUCCAGCAAUGUUAAAUACAUUAACCCUUUGUUGUGAAAUACACAAUGCCCAUGACCAAUUGUUACUGGCUAAGUACCAAUAAAUCAGAGCUAGAAAUCUUGUUAAGUA